AUGAAGUCAAUGUUUAGCGAAGGAAGCCAGAUCACGCAGUUGAUAUGCUGUCUCUUAACUCUAAUACCAGUUUUCUCAUAUGGAGCUGCUGUCGGCUGGAUGUCACCGAUGACCUUACUUCUUCAAUCAGAAAAUUCCCCAAGAAGUGAACCUCUCACAGAUUUAGAGAUAUCAUGGAUGGCUUCUAUUCCAUAUUUGAUAACACUGCCUAGUGCUUGGUUGCUAGUAGUUAUCGCUGAUAAGAUCGGACGAAAGUUUGCAAUACUUCUAGUCUCACUAGCGGGUCUAGGCACCUGGGCUAUCCUUUUAUCAUCAUUAGAGACAUGGGCCCUUAUCACAGCGAGAGCACUGGUUGGAAUCAGCGCUUCCGGAAGCUAUGUAGUUUUUCCGAUAUACAUCAAAGAAAUUGGUGAAGACAGUAUUAGAGGAAGUCUUGGAUGCUUGAUUGGCGUUUUCCAUACUGGCGGAAAUUUGUUCUUAUACAUCAUUGGAGACAUGUUAGAUUACUAUACAGUAUUAUGGAUUUGCUUGUCACUCCCCAUAACCCACCUCAUACUAUUAACCAUGAUGCCGGAAACACCAUCAUUCCUGUUGAAGAAAGGCGAAGAUGAGAAAGCUCUAAAAGCUUUAGCAUGGCUUCGAUGUAGAUCAGAAGAUGACGUGGAGGUGAUAAAAGAGUUGGAGCAUACUAGACGAGAGCAGGAAAAUGAUGCUCAGUCCAAUAAGUUCCUGCUUAAAGAAAUAUACAAUAACAAGAUCCUCUUCAAAGCCUUCCAAAUCGCUCUAAUAGCAGUACUUGCAAGAGAAGUGUGUGGUGCAGUACCAGUCCUCAACUUUGCUGGUGAGAUCUUCACAAUGGCGUCUGGAGGCAAAGAACUGUUACUGUCGCCAAAUCAACAAGCUAUUUUGCUUGGAUCAGUGCAAGUUGUUGGGUCAGUGUUCGCUUCAAGCAUUGUGGAGAAAUCCGGAAGAAAGAAUCUUCUAUUCUUCACGUCACUCCUCUCAGCACUAAGCAUGGGUGCUUUAGCAACAUGGUUCUUACUCCAAAACUUUGACAUCAGAGCUACAUCUUGGCUGCCAUUGGCAACUCUAUGCUUGUGCAUUUUCUGUGACUCUGCUGGUCUACAACCAGUUUCUAUGGUUCUGGCUGGAGAGAUUUUCUCAUUCAAGUACCGUGGGACAGUUAUGGGUGUAACAAUGUCUAUUGCUUCCUUCUCGGACUUUCUGCAACUCCUCUUCUUCAAACCAUUGACCAAUGAAAUUGGAAUAUUUGCAGCAUUCUACUUCUUUGCCGCCGUCUGCUUCUUUAUUUCUGUUUAUGUUAUUCUAUGUAUACCUGAGACGAGAGCGCGAACUUUGGAAGAUAUUUAUGGGGAUUUAAGGAAAAAGGAGAAAAGAGAAAUAAGAGAGAAAGAAGAAACUGAUCUUUGA